AUGAACGGCGAUAAGGUUGGAUUAUCUUCGGAGAAGCUAUUUCCGUACGAUUCACCACUGCUGCCUUUUGUCAAAAUACAGACCGAGAUUAUCUUUAAGGAAGGUGGCCAGGUUGUGGUGUUCGUAAAUAAUCCUGGUGAUUUCCGGGCACCAGAAGUGAUUCCUGAAUUGAUGCAGCUGGUGGAGCACUUUGAGCAUGCAACCGGAAGUAUUGGCUCAGCGAGCACUCAUUUGUGGCUCAUCCCAUAUCUGUCAUAUGUAGGAAUACAGGUAUGA